UAAAAACAGUGUCCUUCAACGACCAUUCAACUAUAAGAAAGUCAUGGGAAGAUUCCUUUCCGCUGCGACAAUUUGAAAUAUCGAAGGGAAAGUUUAAAAUUGAAGACUAUGAUGUGCUUCCUCAUUUCAGUUUAUAUGCUGAACUGGUGAAUUUCGAUUUUAAAAAAAUUAAUCCUUCAUGUGGAAAUAUCACCGAAAAAAUCCCUAUGUUCAUGAAAAAACUACGCCGCAUUAUCAAAGCAAAAAAAUACUCGAUGGAGGAAUACACCGAUCUGGCCAGUGAGAUACAGACAACUUUUUUUGAGGAAAACAUCGAAAUGACGGACCGAACUAUUUAUGUUGCCUUUAGUGUGCUCCCGUAUAUGCUUCGUCAGAUGUUUGUGCAGAAAGGGUUGAAAAAAUCGCGACCUUCGGUACUGAUGUGUAAAGAGUCUUUUAUCACUACAAUAAACACAGAGGCUAAAUUAGCUGAAACGGUGGAAAAGCGGCGUAAAACAGCUACCGAAAACAAAACACGUGUGCAGCCGUACAUUGUAGUGGUACAGGCGGAAAAGGCUUUGCAAUCUUUUUUUGUUGUUUUUGAUUUCCUUAUAUUCAAAGCCAACUGCAUGCUAGCUGCAGUGGAUCUACAUUUUAAACUGCAUGCAGUGUUUAAUUUAGAAUAUUCAGAAUUGAGCACAAACGUAAUGAUAUUUAUUCAGAAAUAUUUCUACAAUUUAAGCUACAAAAACCAACGCGUGGUUUCGUCUGUUGCAGCGCUUAUUUCGGAUCUUGAUCGCGCUUAAUGUUGUUUUGUUGAAAAUAUGUAUCAUCUGUUUUUGUUAAUUUCUUCAAGAGUUUGUUCUACGGACUUAUUUACAGUGAGGGGUGAAAACAACAUCUCACCGUUUAAUACCGA